UUCUUUUGAAAUACAAAGAGACAGAGUACAAGAACCAAAAUACGUAGUUUCUACUAAUAUACUUUUGUCCUUUUUCAUGGACCUUGUCCUUCUGAACACGCAAGGACUGACUGAAAAUGAUGGUUCAAGGAAUCUAACCACUUCCUUUUUGAUAUAUAGUAGUCUUUAUUGCAAGGAAGGCAAAUGAAAUACCUGGCUUUGAGACAGAAAGAGAUAAAGGGGGAAUUAAAAAAGUUAAGGAGAGAAAGGAAUAAAAAAUGGUGAACGACGGAGCAGUUUCAACAACUCCGGCGUCCUUAAGGCUCCGAUGGGACGUGUUCCUCAGUUUCAGAGGGGAAGAUACCCGUCACGGAAUAACGCAGAAACUGUACAGCUCGCUUGUGGAAAAAGGUGUCCGAGUCUUUCGAGACGACGAUGGGUUGAACCGUGGAGACGAGAUCUCUCCAAGACUGCUGGAAGCCAUUGAAGACUCGGCUGCUUCCGUUGUUAUUCUCUCUCAAAACUAUGCUUCCUCCCAUUGGUGCCUUGAAGAACUGGCCAGGAUAUGCCAGUUACGGAGACUGAUUCUGCCCGUCUUCUAUGGGGUUGACCCCUCUCAUGUUCGAAGACAGAGAGGACCUUUUGAGGAGGCCUUUUGUAGCCAUGAAAACAGGUUUGGAAAGGACGUGGUGAUGAAAUGGAGGAUAGCCAUGGAGAAAGUCGGCGGUACAGCUGGUUUCGUUUUCACCAACAAAAGGCUCCUUGGGAUCAAAGUUUUCACAUGCAAGUUUUCAUUGAAUUGUGAUGAAAAGCAACUGAUUCGGGGUGUUCUGAGAGACGUUCUCAGAGAAGUGAAUAAUACACCAGUGAAAGUAGCCAGCCAUGCAGUUGGACUGGAUACGCGGGUGACAGAGUUAAUAAAUUUGUUAGACGUCAAAUCAAAGGGCAUUAGGGUUCUGGGCCUUCAUGGGAUGGGCGGGAUUGGUAAGACAACCCUUGCUAAGGCCAUCUAUAAUAAGAUCUUCGGACACUUUGAGCUCCGAAGCUUCAUCUCAAAUGUUAAAGAACUGUCAAAACAAGAAGAUGGUUUAGUAUUCCUCCAACACAAACUUAUUGGUGACCUUUCCAAUCAUGUUGUGCUUUCUGCAAAUGAUGUUAAUGCUAAUGCCUCAACAAUCAGAAAGAUUAUUCAUGAGAAAAAGGUUCUAAUAGUCCUGGAUGAUGUUGAUGAAGAAAACCAACUUAAAGCACUAGGUGCGAGAGUCAAAUGGCAAAAUGAUGGAAGUAUUCGAAUCAUUGUUACAACAAGAAAUAAAGGAGUUUUAACUGAACAAUAUGUGAAUCAAUUUUACGAGGUCAGAGAGUUGCAUUUUGACCAGGCACAAGAACUUUUCAGUUAUCAUGCACUUAGAAGAGAGAAACCGACAGAAGAGUUUCUGGAAUUGUCCAAGCAAAUUAUAUCUCUCACUGGGAAUUUACCUUUGGCUCUGGAAGUCUUUGGUUCGUUUUUGUUGGAUAAGAGGAGGGUAAUAGAAUGGGAAGACGCUUUGAAGAAGCUGAGACAUGUUCGUCCUAAUGAGCUUCAGGAUGUGCUAAAGAUAAGCUUUGAUGGGCUAGAUAGAGAAAAUCAAUGCAUAUUCCUGGAUAUAGCCUGCUUGUUUGUCAAUUUGAGAAUGAAUAGAAAGGACAUAAUUGAAGUACUGAAAGGAUGUGAUUUCAAAGCUGAAACAGCAAUAAGAGCUCUGGAAGAAAAAUCUUUGAUUAAGUUCUUUGAGGAUGAUGGUGUGUGGAUGCAUGAUCAGCUUAGGGACAUGGGAAGACAAAUUGUUCAAGAUGAGAACUUUUUAGAUCCUGGAAUGCGCAGCAGACUGUGGGAUCGCAACGAAAUCAUGACUGUCUUGAAAAAUCACAAGGGAACAAGAAGCAUUGAGGGUAUUGUGAUGGACAUCAUAAAUAGGAAAGGGAAAGAGGUGGUGAUCCGCACAAAACCCUUUGAAUCGAUGGUUAAUCUAAGACUGCUUCAAAUCAAUCAUGUGAAAGUGGAAGGAAAAUUUAAAUUUCUUCCUCACGAACUCAAGUGGCUUCAAUGGCAAGGAUGUGCUUUGAAAACUCUUCCUUCUGAUUUUUGUCCCCAAAAGCUUGCAGUACUUGAUCUCUCAGACAGCAAAAAUAUCGAAAGGGUGUGGAGCUCUUACUCUAACAAGCUGGCUGAGAACUUGAUGGUCUUGAACCUGCAUGGUUGCUCCAAUCUGGCUUCUCUUCCUGAUUUAUCUGGACAUAAAAAGCUGCAAAAGAUUGUUCUUCGAAAUUGUGUGAAACUGAUAAACAUUCACAAAUCAGUUGGUAGUUUAAAGUCCUUACUUCACUUGGACAUGACGGGCUGUUCAAACCUUGUUGAAUUUCCAAGUGAUGUCUUGGGGAUGAAAAAUCUUCAAACCCUUGUCCUCAGCGAUUGCUCUAAAUUGAAGGAAUUACCAGAGGGCAUAGGCAGCAUGAAAUCACUCAAAGAACUUUAUGUUGAUAAAACUGGCAUAGAGAAGCUGCCUGUAUCUAUUUAUCGCCUUCAAGAACUUGAAAAACUGAGCCUAAGUGGUUGUAUGCGUAUCAAACAGCUGCCAAGAUGCGUAGGGAAGCUUGUUUCUCUGAAGGAACUUUAUCUUAAUCAAUCGGCAUUAGAAAACUUGCCUGAUUCUAUUGGAUCCUUGGAGAACCUUGAAAUACUUAGUUUAAUUCAUUGUGAAUCACUCACAGCAAUUCCUGAUACUGUUGGCAAUCUCAAAUUAUUGAAAGAUUUGUUGAUUAAGGGUAGUGCAAUCACUGAGUUACCAAAUUCUUUUGGCUCGUUAUCAUAUCUGAAAGGCUUAUUUGUUGGAGGCAAACUGUUGAGCAAAUUGUCAGAUACAAUUCAAGGAUUGGCUUCUCUUGUGGAACUUGACAUGGAUGGGAUUUCAAUUAGGGAUCUUCCUAAUGAGAUUGAUGCUUUGAAAUCACUCCAGAAGCUUGUGAUGAGGAAUUGUACUUCUCUUGAAUCUCUGCCACAGUCGUUGGGGAGCCUGUUCAAUCUUACUUAUUUGAACAUAUUCAACGCUAAUAUUGCCGAGUUGCCAGAGUCUAUUGGGAUGUUAGAAAAUCUUAUUGUUUUAAGAUUGAACAAGUGUAAGAGGCUCUGUAAACUUCCAUCCUCAAUAGGAAAUUUGAAGUCUUUGCAUCAUUUAUUUAUGGAGGAAACUGCUGUGACUGAAUUACCAGAAAGCUUCGGCAUGCUCUCAAGAUUAAUGGUACUGAAAAUGGCAAAGAAAGAGAAAUCCGAGUCAUUUGUACUCUUGCCAACGUCUUUCUCAAAUCUCUCAUCGCUAGAAGAACUUGAUGCUCGUGCAUGGAGAAUAUCUGGUGAAAUUCCAGAUGAUUUUGAGAAGUUGUCAGCAUUAGAGAUUCUGCAACUGGAUAGCAAUGAUUUUUCUAAACUUCCAUCCAGCCUAAGGGGCCUUUCGCUUCUUAAAAAGCUUCGGCUGCCCCAAUGUGAAAAGCUUGAGUCCCUCCCUCCACUUCCCUCAAGUUUGGAGGAAUUGAAUCUUGCAAACUGUCUUUCAUUGGAAACUAUAUCUGAUCUUUCCAAUUUAAAGAGCUUAGAAACAUUAAACCUUACAAACUGUGAGAAAUUGGUGGAUGUUCCAGGCCUUGAGUACUUGAAGUCCUUGAGGAGGUUGUACAUGAGUAACUGCAUUAAAUGCUCUGCUUCAGCAAAGAAAAGACUCUCCAAAGUUUAUCUCAGGAGACUUACAAAUCUAAGCAUGCCAGGAAGCAAAAUUCCAAAUUGGUUUUCUCAAGAUGUAGUUACCUUUUCAAGCCACAAAAACCUUGACUUGAAAGAAGUGAUAAUAGCGGUAGUUGUUUCCCUUAACCAUCAUAUACCAGAUGAGUUGAGAUAUCAAAUACCUGCUGUAGUGGACAUUGAAGCACAGAUCUUCAAAGGUGACACAGACAGAGCUAUACAUGCCACCACCUUGGACUUGUUGGGGGUACCGAAGACGAAUGAAGACCAUGUUCACUUGUGUCGAUAUCCAGCAAAUCGUCCAUUGGUUUCUAUGUUAAAUGAUGGCUUUAAGAUUCAGGUGACAAAGCGAAACCCGCCAUACGUUAAGGGGGUAGAGCUGAAGAAGGCUGGGAUUUAUUUAGUUUUUGAGAAUGAUGAUGAUUAUGAAGGAGAUGAAGAAUCACUGGAUGAGAGCCAGCAGUCUGUGUCAGAAAGAUUAGCAAAGUUUUUCAGCUCUCUUGAACAAGAUGAUGGAGUUCACCAAUCCAGCUACGAAAUGGAAGAAAGGAUGGAAGAGCUCCAAGUCCAAAUUAAGGAAGAAAAAUGCCGACCAAGCAGCAGAAAUUACUUUGUUUUUGCCUUCACUUUUCUUCUUUUGCUGUUGAGUUGGUUGUUCCUACGCUGGUGGUGGUUGUGGUAGACGAAAGCCUCAUUUGGAAGCCACCGGAUGGGUCGCCGCAGCACGGUUAGGGCCACUUUUUGGCCUCAAUCACACUGCCCCACCGUUUGGCUUCCCUUAGGCGCGGUAGGAUUGGACAACUGGAGAGGGAACACCCUCCUCCAAUGGCCAACUGGUGGUGUUUUUUUUCUUGUUUUUUCCUUAAGGCAGUAGUUGCGCUGCUGACGGAUAAAAUUUAUAUAAAGUUAUUCAAGUAAAAUUUGUA